AUGGCCACCACCACUGCGCCGUCGGUGCAGCAAACGAUCGACCGUCUGAGACUGGAGACGGCGACGCUUGAUGAGAUUAGGGAGAAAGCGAAUGUGAUCCAGUGGGACAAGAUCAAGUCGCCCACUGACCAGGAGGUCGUGCCGUACGAUGACCUUCCUGAGGUUCCCCAAGAUCCAGCGGUGGUGAAGGAGCUGCUGAGCAAGCUGGCGGUGAUGAAGCUCAACGGCGGGCUGGGCACCACCAUGGGGUGCACGGGACCCAAGUCAGUCACGCUCACCCCUCCACCCUCUCAACCUCCGCGCCUGUCGCUUCCUGCUCCUCCUUUAUGUCUACCUACCUUGCGAUCGCGCGCGGACCUGUCGCUGACGGUGCUUUCGUUCUCCUGGCAGACGUUGAACGGCAAGUACGGGUCGAGCGUGCCGCUGGUGCUCAUGGACUCGUUCAACACGCACGACGACACUCUCAAGAGCCAGUACCCGCGGGUGGUGGCGGACGACAACACGCCGUGGCCUGCCAAGGGCCGCAAGGACAAGGCCGCUUGGUACCCUCCCGGGCACGGCGACGUGUUCCCCGCGCUCUGCAACAGCGGCGUGCUGGACCAGCUGCUCGCCGAGGGCAUCGAGUACGUGUUCCUGGCGAACGCGGACAACCUUGGCGCCACGGUGGAUCUGCGCAUUCUCAACUUCAUUGUACAGAACAACAACGAGUACUGCCUCGAAGUGACGCCAAAGACGUUGGCGGAUGUGAAGGGCGGCACCAUCAUCAACUACGAUGGCAAGCUGCAGGUAUCGGAGUUCAAGUCCAUUGAGAAGUUCAAGAUCUUCAACACCAAUAACAUGUGCAAACCGCUGCUCCCUCUCCCCCUAUCCUUCCCACGUCCCUGCUCCCUCUCCCCCUAUCCUUCCCACGUCCCUGCUCCCUCUCCCCCUAUCCUUCCCACGUCCCUGCUCCCUCUCCCCCUAUCCUUCCCACGUCCCUGCUCCCUCUCCCCCUAUCCUUCCCACGUCCCUGCUCCCUCUCCCCCUAUCCUUCCCACGUCCCUGCUCCCUCUCCCCCUAUCCUUCCCACGUCCCUUCUCCCUCUCCCCCUAUCCUUCCCACGUCCCUGCUCCCUCUCCCCCUAUCCUUCCCACGUCCCUGCUCCCUCUCCCCCUAUCCUUCCCACGUCCCUGCUCCCUCUCCCCCUAUCCUUCCCACGUCCCUGCUCCCUCUCCCCCUAUCCUUCCCACGUCCCUGCUCCCUCUCCCCCUAUCCUUCCCACGUCCCUGCUCCCUCUCCCCCUAUCCUUCCCACGUCCCUGCUCCCUCUCCCCCUAUCCUUCCCACGUCCCUGCUCCCUCUCCCCCUAUCCUUCCCACGUCCCUGCUCCCUCUCCCCCUAUCCUUCCCACGUCCCUGCUCCCUCUCCCCCUAUCCUUCCCACGUCCCUGCUCCCUCUCCCCCUAUCCUUCCCACGUCCCUGCUCCCUCUCCCCCUAUCCUUCCCACGUCCCUGCUCCCUCUCCCCCUAUCCUUCCCACGUCCCUGCUCCCUCUCCCCCUAUCCUUCCCACGUCCCUGCUCCCUCUCCCCCUAUCCUUCCCACGUCCCUGCUCCCUCUCCCCCUAUCCUUCCCACGUCCCUGCUCCCUCUCCCCCUAUCCUUCCCACGUCCCUGCUCCCUCUCCCCCUAUCCUUCCCACGUCCCUGCUCCCUCUCCCCCUAUCCUUCCCACGUCCCUGCUCCCUCUCCCCCUAUCCUUCCCACGUCCCUGCUCCCUCUCCCCCUAUCCUUCCCACGUCCCUGCCCCUCUCCCCCUAUCCUUCCCACGUCCCUGCCCCUCUCCCCCUAUCCUUCCCACGUCCCUGCCCCUCUCCCCCUAUCCUUCCCACGUCCCUGCCCCUCUCCCCCUAUCCUUCCCACGUCCCUGCCCCUCUCCCCCUAUCCUUCCCACGUCCCUGCCCCUCUCCCCCUAUCCUUCCCACGUCCCUGCCCCUCUCCCCCUAUCCUUCCCACGUCCCUGCCCCUCUCCCCCUAUCCUUCCCACGUCCCUGCCCCUCUCCCCCUAUCCUUCCCACGUCCCUGCCCCUCUCCCCCUCUCCUUCCCACGUCCCUGCCCCUCUCCCCCUAUCCUUCCCACGUCCCUGCCCCUCUCCCCCUAUCCUUCCCACGUCCCUGCCCCUCUCCCCCUAUCCUUCCCACGUCCCUGCCCCUCUCCCCCUAUCCUUCCCACGUCCCUGCCCCUCUCCCCCGCCUCACUUCCAUUCCCCCAUCUGUCGCUCUCCAUCCUCUCCCAUCCCGUCUUCGCCAUUGCUCUCCUGCCAUUCCUACCACUCCCGGAUAACAUCUCCGUCACGCCUGUGCGUGCAUGCCUGCACUCUUUCCGUGUGCAUCAGGAGGUGGAGGGGGUGAAGGUGCUGCAGCUCGAGACGGCUGCCGGUGCCGCCAUGAAGUUCUUUGACCGGGCCAUCGGGGUGAACGUGCCUCGCUCGCGCUUCCUGCCCGUCAAGGCCACCUCCGACCUCCUGCUUGUCCAGUCGGAUCUGUACACGGUGGAGGAUGGGCUCGUCACGCGCAACCCCGCCAGAACCGCUGCCGCUAACCCCACCAUUGACCUGGGGCCCGAGUUCAAAAAGGUGUGUGUGCCAUGCCCCUUCAUGUGCGCCACUGGCAGAGCUGUGGCGGAUUUCCAAAAGAGGUUCAAGGCCAUCCCCAGCAUCAUACAGCUGGACAGCCUCAAGGUGUCGGGCGACGUGAGCUUCGGAGAGAAUGUCACUCUCAAGGGCAAGGUGGCGAUAGAGGCGCCCAAGGAUGACAAGAUUGUGGUGGCUGAUGGCACUGUGCUGGAGGGAUAG